AUGUCUGGUCUGUUAGGAGCUGGCUACGAGUCCAGCGACGAUGACGCCUCGACUGUGCCCAAGCCUUCAGUAACGACCGCAACCAAGGUCGUUGCUGCACCAGAAGUCAAUACAGAGGACCAGGCGCAUAUGCAAAUGACACUCGCCAAUGCCUCUUCCCAAGCUCUCACAUUCAACGCCACCUACGAUGAUAUGACUCGACCUUCACAGGGGCCCGUGAAUCCUUUCAAGCCAUCCGGACCUGGAAACGGAAUCAAGAGAAAGAACGUCCCAACUGGUUUCGCCGAGGAAGCGGCCAUCAGCGAGUCCACAUUCGCUGCGCAACACCGCACGUUCCAAAGUCUGGGCUACACACGCAACCCCACACGACCCGGUCAGUUUAUUGGAAAUAUGGACAAUGUGGCACAAUACGGUGGCAAGGAUGUUGUUCAGAUAAAGCCAACCAAAGGCGCAUCCGCGACUUGGCGCACAAAGCGACAGAAGAAGGGUGACUCCAGUAUAGUGGAAGGCGAGGGCGCUUAUCUCGGACCAUGGGCUAAAUACAACAAUGAUCAGCAAUACGACACCUACGAGAUUGAGGGCGAAGACCACGAGCUUGCCAGCGAUGAAGAAUAUGUCGAAGAGGAAGAUGAAACCCAGGCCCCAUCAGGACCUAUGCCAGCUAUGAGCAAGGCAGCCACCGAAUAUGCCGACGACUAUUCCAGGAAGGAAACGACCGAAUUCCAUGGCUCCGAGGAGUACGACUACCAAGGCAGGACCUACAUGCAUGUGCCCCAGGAUCUGGAUAUCGAUCUGCGCAAAGAGCCCGGCAGCACCAAGAAUUAUGUCCCGAAAAAGCUUGUGCAAACUUGGAAGUCACACACAAAGCCAAUCACCUCUCUUCAAUUCAUUCCGAAUACUGGUCACUUGUUGCUUUCGUCAGCAGCCGAUGGAAAGGCCAAAAUUUGGGACGUGUAUCACUCUCGCGAGCUCCUACGCACCUUCUCUGGUCACAGCAAGGCCAUCUCAGGCACAGACUUCCAUCCCUCUGGAAAGACCUUCCUCACUGCCUCCUACGAUCAGCAGAUCAAGCUCUGGGAUACCGAAUACGGCAAAUGCCUUGGUCGGUUCUCCACUGGCAAAACACCCCAUGUCGUUCGCUUCAAUCCAUCGCCUGAACAUUCACACGAGUUCCUGGCCGGUAUGUCAGACAAGAAAAUUGUCCAGUUCGAUACACGGUCCGGCGAGUUGGUCCAAGAAUACGACCACCAUUUGGCGGCCGUCAACACCCUCACAUUCGUCGACGACAACCGACGUUUCAUCUCCACAUCUGAUGAUAAGUCGUUGCGCGCUUGGGAAUACGGCAUUCCCGUCCCAAUCAAGUUCAUCGCAGAGCCAUACAUGUUCGCGCUCACUCGCGCAGCAACCCAUCCCAACGGAAAGUACGUUGCGUUCCAAUCAGGCGACAACCAAAUCGUCGUAUACGGUGCUACCGACAAGUUCCGUCAAAACCGGAAGAAGAGCUUCCGUGGCCAUAACACCUCCGGAUACGCUAUUGAUCUCAAGCUCUCUCCCGAUGGUCAGUUCCUGGUCUCUGGUGACAGUGGUGGUUAUGUUUGCUUCUGGGACUGGAAGACUGGAAAGAUGUAUCAUAAGAUUCAAGCUGGUGGAAAGGAAGGUGGUGCUGUCACCUGUCUGGACUGGCAUCCCCAGGAGACGAGUAAGGUGGUCACCGGUGGCCUUGAUGGCAACAUCAGGUAUUGGGAUUAA